UGAGCGCUGUUAAGUCACGUGACAGUCACGUUAGUAAGCGCAAGAUGGCUCCUUUAGCAGGAGAACACUUCAGUUCAUUACAGCUUUUAUUAAAGGCUCCAUCGAAAGAUGUUGUGCGACAGAUCUGCACGGACAGUUUCCCUGCACGAGCGCACGAGUCCCAGAGUCUGAUAGACAGCACAGCUCGCGCGCUGUCCGUGUCCAGCACAGAGGCCAUGCAGGUCUUGACCGCAUUUCACGUGCUUUCGCAUCACGUGAUGUUCCACAAUUUUACAGCACCGGAACAGAUCCAGUCUCUUUUCCCAGCUACGUUUCACUCGAACCUCAAAAAUCUCAUCACCAAGAUCCUGCUGGAGCAAAGUGUGACGUGGAGAAAUGAGGCUUUGUCCAGUCAGAUCUCUCUGCCACGCCUCACAGACUUGGAGUGGAGGGUGGACAUGAAGAUGGCAUCUGACUCCGUGAGCCGCAUGGCUGUGCCUACUUGUAUCCUGCACAUGAAGAUCCAAGAUGGAGGAAACACCAGCAGCAGCACAAGCGAGUCUUCAGUCACUGUGGAACUGAGCAAAGAAACUUUGGACACAAUGCUAGAUGGACUGGGACGCAUCCGGGACCAGCUCUCUGCCGUGGCUGGGAAAUAGGACCAUGUUGAUAACGGAUCAUUACAUUUGUGUAGCGCACACACGUGGAGGACUAAAAAAAAAACACAAGAUACAUGCUAGUCUUUUUUGUAACAUUCAGCAUCCAGUGGAUUUAUCCAUUUCCUUCUCAUGAAAUCAUAAUCUAUUUCACGUUUUUUGACAACACGUUAUAAACCUUGCCUGUGUAUGUAAAAUCAGCUCUAGAAUUAUUGGCACCCGAAAACAAAAAUUUUCCCCCUAAAUUGACUUCUACAAGAUGUUAAAUUUCUCCUCUGUUGUGAGCUUCAUCUAAUAAAACCACAGCCAUUUCUAUUCAUCGUUACCAAAGGUACCAGUAAUUCUGGAGCUGACUGAAUGACUGAGUAAUGAAAAACACUUAAACAUUAAAAUUCAGGAGAACUGGAUUCAUUUCUGUAUGUUGAUUGAUCUAAAGUAGAUACAUGUUUAUAGAUUUGGAGGUAAGAAGUGAUGCUGUGUUUAUGGUUGAUGUUGAUUUGGUGUCACUUCCUGAGCUCGGAGUUGGGACAAGUUCUUGAGGAGGGAUUCCAAUUUGUGGGAGUGAUUUGUAUGGAUUUUCCUUAUUGAAGGUUUGGAAGUAAUUCAGUCAAAUGCAGCAUUAAUACUGUAAAAAUUGUGAUUAAAUAUUAAAGAAACUGGUCUUAA